CCCAUGCUGCAGCCUUCCAGACAGGGUUUCACUCUCUGCAGGGUGUACAGCAGGGCAGGCAGUGCAAUAUUAGCUCUGGGAUACAAAUCUACCUGGGAAUUUAGAUUCCUCAUCCUCUGGGACCUUUUAUUUUCCUGUGGAUACCCGGGGUCUUGUAGUCAUGUCUCUUUCAACUCCUGCCCCUUCUAACAAGAGAAGGAAGGCCAACAAAAUCGUCACUGACCUGUCCAACAUCACCCAGAAUGACGACGAGUCAGACCCUGAGGCCUCUGAGUUCGAUCUGGGCACCAAGAUCAAGGCGCCCAAAGAUGUGAUGCUCGAGGAGCUCUCCCUGCUCAAGAACAAGGGGUCCAAGAUGUUCAAGAUGAGGCAGCAGAGAGUUGAAAAGUUCAUCGUGACCAACGAGAACAUGCAGAACCUUCAGAACCUAAUGAUGUCCCCUCCCCCUGUUCCACCAAAGCCUGAGAUGCCAAAGGAAGAAGUAAAGGAGACAGUGGAUGAGGAGGCGGAGAAGCAGAAGAAGAGGAUGGAGUAUGUACGCACCUACAUAUCCCCAUGGGAACGAGCCAUGAAGGGCGAUGAGGACCUGAAAGCCACCAUGAAACCUUCCAUGCCUGGCCCCAUCCAGAUACACCCAGACCUGCCUCAGUACAAGAGCUUCAACAAGACGGCGCUGCCAUACGGCGGCUACGACAAGGCAUCCAAGCUGCUGACCUUUGAGCUUCCGGAGCCCAAUGCUGCCACUGAGGAGCCUGAACCUCUGCCCACACUGCAGGCAGACAUCCGCUCACGCCCCUCGUUCAACCGCACGCCCAUCGGCUGGGUCUGCAGUGAGGACAACUCACACAUCCACAUGGACGUGGAGAUCCCCUUUGAUGGAGAAACAGAUGACCUGUGAUGACCUGUUUUAAGAUCACCUAAUCCCACAUAAGGCCUGUGUGAACUCCCAAAAUGUACUUUCAUUGCAUAGAAACUAAACAAACAUAAAUUAUUUAAAAAUGAUGUGAUGGAAAAGGACAGAUUAUCUCCCAAUGGCUGUAUGCUCACUUAACCUUUUCAUCCCCACCUAUGAAGGAGUCUAAUUUUGCAUACUGUGAGAUACUGUGAGACCUGAAACAGAUAAGCACUCUGCACUCUUAGAACAAUGCAUUUAUGCAAUAAACUUCCCCUUUACAGAA